UUCUGCUCCUUUGAGUCCUCCUCAGUUGCAGCUUGGGAGAAGCGUUUCCUCUGCUGCGGUGGGAGAGGACCGAGGAGGUGAAGUCCUUUUUUGUGUGUGUGCAGCAGGCGAGGGCAAGGCAGCUGUAACUGCAAGGGGACUCUUGCGCGGGUAGGCACGCGCGCAAAUAACACGCGCGCGCACGCCUGAGAGUGUGUGGAACCAUCGGCUUUUCUUUCUCUCGGUCCCGCAGGAGCCGCCCUUUGCUCCUGCACAAAGGGAGUAGAAGAACAAAGAAUGAAGGGCAAACUCUUCAAAAGCUUCUGAGAGUUCGUCAUUCUCCAGCGAUACACGUCUGCAGGUUGCACAAUGAUUUGGAAACGACAAUGCCACAUUCUCCUUUUGCUUCUGGCUGUGCCGUGCUAGCGCUGGAAUAAGUGGGCUUCAAGCCAACAGACGAAACUCAAAUCCUGACUGUUGGCCAAAUACAAACCAUGUUGAAAUGAGAUGAGGCUCCGAAAUGGGACUGUGGCCACUGCAUUAAUUUUCAUCACAUCUUUCCUCAGUUUGUCUUGGUACACAGCAUGGCAGAAUGGGAAAGAAAAGCUGAUUGCUUAUCAAAGGGAAUUUCAUGCUUUGAAAGAACGUCUUCGCGUAGCUGAGCACCGAACCCUGCAGCGUUCUUCUGAAUUAAAUGCCAUCUUGGAGCAGUUCAGACGGGCAGUUGCAGAAACAAAUGGAAGUAAGGAUGCACUGAGUAGUGUUUCAGACGAAACGUUAAAACUGCUAAAGGAGUUAACAAGCAGGAAAGCUCUUCAAGUGCCAAAUAUAUAUUACCAUUUGCCUCAUUUACUGAAAAAUGAAGGAAGCCUUCGACCUUCAGUGCAGGUUGGCCUUGGAAGAACCGGAGUUUCUAUAGUAAUGGGAAUUCCAACUGUAAAGAGAAAAGUAAAAUCUUACCUUACAGAAACUCUUCACUCACUGAUUGACAAGCUGUCUCCAGAAGAGAAACUAGACUGUGUUAUGGUUGUCUUCGUAGGAGAGACAGAUCUUGAUUAUGUAAAUGGCGUUGUGGCAAGCCUAGAAAAGGAGUUUUCUAAAGAAAUCAGUUCUGGCUUGGUGGAAGUAAUAGCUCCACCUGCAUCCUACUAUCCUGACUUGACAAACCUAAAAGAGACGUUUGGAGACUCAAAAGAAAGAGUCAGAUGGCGGACAAAGCAGAAUCUGGAUUAUUGUUUCCUUAUGAUGUAUGCACAGAAAAAGGGUGUUUACUACAUUCAGCUUGAGGAUGACAUUGUUGUCAAGCAGAAUUACUUCAGCACAAUAAAAAAUUUUGCGCUUCAGUUGUCAUCCGAAGAUUGGAUGAUCCUUGAAUUUUCUCAGCUGGGAUUCAUUGGUAAAAUGUUUCAGUCUCCAGAUAUUACACUCAUUGUGGAGUUCAUAUUUAUGUUUUAUAAAGAGAAACCUAUUGACUGGCUCUUGGAUCACAUUCUUUGGGUGAAAGUUUGCAACCCCGAGAAAGAUGCAAAACAUUGCGAUAGACAGAAGUCAAAUCUCAGAAUACGCUUCAGGCCUUCACUUUUCCAGCAUGUGGGUCUGCACUCCUCUCUAGCAGGAAAGAUACAGAAACUUACAGAUAAAGACUUCCUGAAGCCAUUAUUGCAUAAAAUUCAUGUCAAUCCACCUGCAGAGGUUUCUACAACUUUGAAGGUCUAUCAGGGUCAUGCUCUUGAAAAAGCCUACAUGGGUGAAGAUUUCUUUUGGGCUGUUACACCAGUUGCUGGAGAUUAUAUCCUCUUUAAAUUUGACAAGCCUGUCAAUGUAGAAAGAUUCCUGUUCCACAGCGGCAACCCAGAACAUCCAGGAGAUAUAUUCGUCAACACAACAGUGGAAGUGUUGCCUUUUAAGAGUGAAGAGUUGGUAUUAAGCAAAGAAACCAAAGAGAAACGAUUGGAUGAUGGGUAUUUCAGAAUAGGCAAAUUUGAAAAUGGAAUAGCAGAGGGAACAGUUGAUCCCAGUCUAAAUCCAAUUGCAGCUGUCCGGCUUCUGGUAAUACAGAACUCUUCUGUCUGGGCAAUUCUAAAUGAGAUUCAUAUUAAAAAGCUCCCCAACUGAUCAAUCAAGAGGAACAAGAGAGAUCUCCAUCCUUUGAAGACUUUUCUACAAAAUCCACCCCCCCAUUGCAGAGUGAAGACACUGAGCAUGCACCUUAUUUCCAACUUCUGACUUCUCAGUGAAACUACCUCUUGUGAAAUCUACUGUAGUUGAGAAGAUAAGACUCAGCAAGAAAGAUUUAUUACAAUCUAGAAACUGACCAGUAUUAUUUAUCUGGAGCCGUGAGUUCCUUCAUGACUCUGCUGCCUAAGGAUCACAAUAUCCCCUACCCAAGUGAUAGGGAUACGCUACAUGAAAGUUGUACAUAUUAUUACAUUCCUCGAAGAUAAAUAUAUAUAUAUAUAUAAAUACAUUUUAUGAAGGGGGGUACUUUUGGAGGUCCAUUUAUUUUGCUAAUUCAAGCCCUCUUUUAUAGAUUAUCAGGGAUAUAUAUUCAAAAGCAUUAGGGGGAUUUAAUUUAUUAAAAUGAUUUGAAAAGUACGUAUUUUUAUGCAGGUAAUAUAACUCGAUGCAGGUUUUGGUUUUUUUAAACAAGUGAUCUUACUUCUUGGGUUAACGCUACAUUUUGCUUUUGUGAUGAAGUGACCAUAUUUUGUAAUAUACUGCCAUGGUUAGGAGUGUUAAAUGGGAGUUUAAAGAUGAAGCACUUUUGUACCAUACCAAGAACGCAACUUAAAAAGGUUAUCCUACACAAAACCCAUUGAAAGUAAAUGUGAUUUUGCACAGGACAACGUCCCCUAUAGCCUAUGCCCCAAAUCUAGGAGAUGUUGUUCAAAGGCAUAACAUGCAAGGACUUUGAAUAGCAUUACUUUCUAAUGCUCACAGUCCACAAUAUGUAAUCGUAGAAAGCAUGUUGAGGGGUUUUGUACUUCAGUAUGGUGUGCGAAUCUGAAGUUAAUCUCCCAUUAAAGGGGAAUUUUGAUAAUGGAUUAUUCCUUUUUAAACCUUUGUAGAAUCUUCUGAAACACAGCCCAUUCAUUCAUUUGGAUAGAAAAGCACUCUGAUGUUUCUGCAUUUACAUUUUUGUUUUUGCUUCACAUCCCGUUUUGUAUGAUCUCUGCGCAUUCUUAUGGAAUGACUUAAACUUACCGUUUUAUUAGGGAUGACAAUGGAAAUAGAUAGAUACACAGUAACCUCAGCUGAGCUUUUUUAAAAAAAUGUGAUUUGUCGUUCUUUACUUUCAAGUGUUAAAAGUGAUUUCCCCCUCUUUAAGAGGGCCCAGCUCCUGCUAAAAGCAUUGCACUCCAGCUGACUGAAGCAAGGGACUUCGUGUGAUUCUAGAUGCUUGUUGUCUUUUGUACUUCAAGGAAAAGAAGAAGAGAUCCUUGCUUGGUCAGUAGCCUUGAAGAGAGGCAAUUCUAGCACUUUGUGCUCUGCAGCACAGUAAGCACGCAAUAGUAUGUAAUAAUAGUUUUUAAAGAACUCUCUUAACCCUAGCCAAGAUAUGAGAAGCUAAGUUGUUGUUGUUUUUACCGCAGCUGCAUACCUGUCACUCAUGCAGGUAAACAGAAGUUUACUUAAGUGGUGGUAGUUUGUUUCAUGAGCUGAAUCUUAAGAUACUUCUGCAUCUUGGAUGCCA